AUGAACGCACCUACGUCAGCUGAUUACGCUCCCAAGAGCAUAGAUAAAAGAGCGCAGUGCUCGAAGUAUCGUAUAGUAUGGAGUGACCAACGCUGGGAGUCAGGAGCAAAUGCUAGGCGACGCAAUCAGAACACCGACGAUGACCUUAUUGUCGGCGGAGAUAUUGACACGCCUCCGGGGAUACUGCACACCGCAGAGACUCCGGAGCUACAGGAGUUCACGAAACGAAUGUGGAACGAACAAGUACCGAUCAAUGAGGCCGUUGAACGACUCAGCCUCCUCGACGACACGCAGAAGGACGGCGUAAUAAACAACUUCAUGCGCGGUACGGACGCCAUAAAGUCGAACGGUGACACCAUUGGUGAUGAUUCAACGGGGAAAACCAACAGUGCUGAAGAAAGUGUUCCAGACAUGUUGCAGGAAGGGUUAGAGACUGCAGGGGGCACUUCGGCCGGUCGGUCAGAUGUUGCUAACAACACCGCCGGAUCAAACGAGCCAAAACGUGCGGAGAAUGUAGGGGUGGAACAAACAGCAGAAGAGGUAGUUGGUUACGUUGCGCCGGUGGACUACAUUGAUGAGGAGCAGUACCGCAAGGAGACGCAGGACCAAAGGCAUGGGACGGAUGGAGCCAGAGGGGUGGAUGACGAUGCGUUCGACUCUGAUGAGGAGCAUCCCACCGGUAUAUAUGAAGUUAAUUAUGCGGCGCUCACGGAAAGUGAGCUGGAGCUUGUUCUUACGCUCAUCCAGAGCACACUGGAGGACCCAGAGAGCCACGAGCAAAUUCUAAAAGAGUUGUUGGCCGGAGAUACAGGAGGACUCACAGAAGCGCAAUGCAGAGAAUAUUUCGACAGGUUCCGCCGAAUCGGGGAUAUACUCAUAGCGCUCAGCGAAACCGUCGGCAUGAAGCCGUUGGAUACCCGCUGGAUCCCCGAAAUACAGAUGCGCAUUAGAGAUUUUAUCGCACAGAGCGGGCAUGAGGUAUCGUCAAUCCGAUGGACUGAAAGAGACGUCAUAGUGGCGCUUAAGGACGUUGUAGCGGAGAAAGAGGCAGGCAAACUACAUGAGGCGCUGGCCGUAUACCUACGCACGGAUGCCGGCGAAGGAUUCUGCCCAGGAAUCAAGAACGUAGGACUGCUUUUGUACAUGGAUACUACCGGCAGUUACGACGAUGAAGUGUCGAAGGCUUCGAAACGCAAGAGUAAGAGCACCGCCAAAAAGAGGAACUCCUUGUCUAAAAGAGAUUGA